UCGUCCCCAUCUUGUCGUCAGUGAAAUACUACCUACCUUACCUACCUAGGGUCUGUUUGUCUUUGUAGAACGAGACUGCUCGCGAGACGAAAGAUAACACAAAACCUCUAUUUUUCCAUCAGGAGAUUCCUAUCGCUCCAACCUUUUCCACUUUGAUACAACUCUCGUACCAUAUCGACGUACAAUGGAGACGCAGGCAAUACCCCCGCCGACAUCUCUUUCGGAUCUUCCGAAUGAACUUCUGUCCCACAUCCUACGGUUCCUCGACUCUCGUCCACUUUCCGAACGCCGUCUACAUGAUGUAACACCACCGUAUGCUGAACAUGGUCACGUCGACCAUCCGGCACUCAAGAACUGCUCGCUGGUCAACAGACGCUGGCGCGCCGCCGUCCUGCCCCUACUGUUUCGCCACGUCCAAUGGCCCGUCGCCCACGAUGUGCUCCUCGGCCUCGAAGACGAUGGCGACCCAGUAGCUUCCAUUCCUACACUCGACUUCAUCCGCUCUCAUAACCUCCAGUACCAUGUUCGGACUUUUUCAAUGCUGGUGGAAGACAAUGUGACAUCAAAUGUGGCACCUAGAGAUGUAGCUGAGAGUUCUCAAGGGCAUGCACGCCGGAGCCGGAGCGAUGCGACCGAGUGGACAACCUACAAUCAAGACUACAACUGGCUGUGGGACGCAGUGUUUGAGCUGGUGAGCCCGUUACGCUUUACUCUAGUUACCACCCCACGAAUUUUGGCAACCCUGUUUGCCCGGUCGAUAUACGUCGGGGAUUCGUGGAGCUUCGGCCCUCAGUUGCACAUUCUCUCACUGUCUCGAGAGAGCCGUCAAACCAAGUCUGGAUCAUCGGUAGAAUCCACAGCCCUGUCAAGCGGCAGUACAAAUGGCACGGCAGAGCUAGCGUCUGCGCCCUACCCGACCAUAUCUCCAAAGACAACCCUCAAGCGCAUUCCCUGUACGCUCUUCACCGUGCGCCCUUGGACAAAGCUCCUCCUGAACGAGGGACCUUCGGUGCGCGUAUACAGCUCGUACGAGUUCUUUCUCAAGCGUCCGCCCUCCAUCCUUGGCGCUCUGCUCGGAUGCGAGAUGUACCCCAACGAUCAGCCACUCCUCCCGCCAUCGGUGUCAGACUUGUCGUACGUGGCGGCCUUCCCUCUGUCGACGCACGUGGGGGCGCUGGUGCGGAACCUGCCGGUACUGGAUAGACUCUUUGUGCAACUCGUGCCACGCGAGGACCGGCACACCGUGCUGCGUGACCACCAACUGAUGCGUAACGUCGACGCGGCAGACCUUUGGACGGAGCGCAACAGCGCUUACCAGCUCAUCAUCGGUGCCAUACUAGGUGGGCAGUGGGGCGACAACUGGAACUCACUCCGCGUGUUUGAGAGCGGUGACAGCGCAGACCGCGAGGCGUGGGAGUUGGCGACGCAGUAUGUCGAGAUGUCGGGGUCGGAUUGGCGGGUCGCGGGAGAUGGCAUCUUUGUGAAGACGGACAGGAAAGAAGAGGACCAUGAUGGAGAUUAUGGCCAAGCGGAUGAGGAAAACGACGAGGAUCCGGACUUUUAUGAAGACGAUGACGAAGAUGACGACAUCGGUUCCUUUGCAAAUUCGCCCUUCAUGAGGGGGCAGCUGAUACGGCUGUCUUUCAAUGGCACUUCGGAGUUGCCUGUUUCAAGCCAGUUGCUUUAUCGCUAAAAUUCGGCAAACUCCUGCUGUGUUUUGAUCGCGGUUCUUGCGAUAUUGGUUUACAGGUCGAGGACAAGGACCCUCACUGGAUUCUGCUGCUGAGCAGUCUAGGGCCAACUUUGGUAUUAGAACUAGUUGAAAUCACUGUCACUAGGUCAAUACGUAAACAUGAAUAAUAGGUAGCAGAAUUCUCAUGCGUGAUAGCGCGGGUAUCUAGGUAAGGUUAAGAUAGGUACACAAGCAAGGAGAUAGGUAAAUAGGUAAAAAUGUGCUGUUG